UGGCCUCCUGAAAAAUAAAAAUAGUGCCCGGUUUACGAUGGAAAUGGAAAGACUAGAUCCUUAGAGAGACUACGCCUUGAGUUGGGUGCUGCCAAGGGCCAGGGUUACAUAAGUGACAACAUUAAAGGCCUCUUACAAGGGUUUGGGGCUCAUUGAUGGUUCCCAGGACUUUGGCUCAGGACUGUCGUGGGGCUUUGGGGAACAUCUACAAGAGGCUAAACUACUAUUUACACCUGGAGAAUAACAGGAACUAGAUAUUACUUUCACACUUGAUUUUUCAGACCUUGGGUGUCUGUCUUAUAGGAUUCAUUUUACAGGCCUCGUUGAGUCCUUGGCCAAUAUACCGGAGGUGUUGUUUCCUGGGAGGCCCUUGGGAAGCAGACACACAGGAGGUCAUGAUACACAAAGACAGACAAGGGGGUGUUGGUGGUCGCCAUGGCAUCCCGAGCUCCAUGUCCCUGCACAGACAACACUCCAAACUCCCCCCUAAAGAGGUGUUCAACGACGUCAUGUACAUAGUGGGCGGCUGGACCCAGGAUGACCCCUCCUGCCCAGURGAACAGUUCUGCCCCCUGGAGAAUGAGUGGAAGAACAUGGCCUCCAUGAUCAAUCACCGUGGUAACGUGGCCGUUUGCGGCCUGUAUGGGAAGAUCUACACAGUGGGCGGGUCCGAUGGCGUCACCUACAAAAGCAAUGUGGACAGGUACGACCCAGAAACUAAUACCUGGAGUAACGAGGUGGCCCCACUGAGCAGCCCCCGCAGCGGAGUGUGUCUGGUGGAGAUGGAUGGAUACCUGUACGCACUUGGAGGGUAUGACGGCAUGGUCUGCACCAACACUGUUGAGAGGUAUAAUCCCAAAAUGAACAGCUGGACGAAGCAGGCUCCGAUGCUGAGCCAGCGUUGUGGGGCAGCUGCUGCUGUGAUGGRGGGUCAGCUGUACGUGAUUGGAGGCAGCRAUGGAGACGUACCCAUGAACACAGUGGAGCGUUUUAAUCCCUUGGACGGGAUAUGGUAUGUGUGCCCCCCCAUGCUGACCGCUAGAGAGAACGCYGGCUGCUGUGUGUACCUGGGACGUCUGUUUGUGACCGGAGGACGGGAUGACCUCAACCUGGAGCUSAGCGCUGCAGAGAAGUUUGAUCCAGACRCUCUGAGAUGGACCCCCGUCAAACACAUGAGGUGCAAGAGGAACAACAUGUCCCUGAUGGUGUUCAAUGGGUCGUUGUUGGCUGUAGGAGGCUCUGAUGGCGUUACCAAUCUGAAAACAAUAGAAGUAUACAACCACGAGUCAAACACAUGGAGACACUUUGGGAGCAUGAAGACCAARCAUCCGGGAGGCCAUGUUGCCAUGUUGAACACAAAACAUGGUUACCGCCUGUAACUGGACAUAACGUUGAUGGACAAUAACUUAUGGAUUCAUAAUAUUUAUUAUGACAUUAUUUAUUUAUGAUUUAUAAAGUGUAUGUCCAAGUAGUAAUCAUAACCACAAAUAUGAUAAUUAUAUGACUAUGUAACAUAGGACAAUUACAGCGGAAGCUGUAUGGAAUUUCUGCGACAGCAACUGUUAGACUCCUGUAAAUAGUGUUAUGCUUCUUCAAUAGAAAUAGUUUAUUGAUAAGUGUAUGAUGAAGGGAAAGGCAGGAUAGGAACAUUGAAGGAUGAUUGAGAAAAGUCAGUUAGGAUGUGUAUGGCUGUGUCCCAAAUGACACCUUACCCAGCUAGCACA